UGGGAAAUACGGAAGUCCUGGGGAGGGACCAGGGUGCGGGUGGGCCAGCGAAGGGCAGAGGAGCAGGGGGCAAGGUCAGUGGUUUCCAGCUCCACGUGGAACUAACUGAGCAGUGCUGGGCUCUUCACCCGCCUCCGCCACUGCCUGCCGUGCCGCACCGCGCUCAGCGCUGGUGGGUCCCCUUCCUCCAAACCACAGCCAGAUGGCCCUGCUCUCCAGACUUGGCUCAGGGUCUGUCACCUCUAGGGCUCAGUGGGACAAUACGUGAUUUGGAACAAUUUCUCUUUUAUUCGAGAAUGUUACCAAAACUGAGAAAAUGCAAGUAGACAGAAGAGGAAAGAUGACGCCAGCCCUCGAAGGCAAACAGUGUCAGCAUUUUCAUAAACAUCCUUCCUCAGCACAUGCGUGUUGCUUAGCAAAGGAGAUCCCGCUGCCCUUGCUUUCCUGUGAACUGCUUUGAAAUAGGUUAAGAAAUGAGAACAGGAUUUUCACUCCCCCCCCCCCGCAUGGCCACACUCGCGGCACGUGGACAGGGAUUGAACCCGAGCCACAGCUGUGGAGCUGCGGCACUGCCUGAUCCUUGAACCCGCUGCACAGGGUCGGGCCUCAAACCCACGCCUCCACAGUGCCCCGAGCCGCUGCAGUCAGGGUUGUGACCCACUGUGCCACAGCGGGAACUCCUCCAUUGCAUUUCCAAAGCCCAUGUAGCAUUUCCCAUGUUAUGUGUCUUAGUUUUGGGCCGAGUCCCAUUUUGAUAGAGGUUUAGUUGCUUCCAAAUUGGUGAAUAGUUAACAAACCUGUGCCCACUUAUGGCUGCUUUUCGAUGAUAAAUUUCCAGGCAUAAAAUUCUCAAGGGAAAGGAGGCAUCAGGUUGUUAACGGCUUCUGAUUAGGUGUCUCUAAAUACAAGUCACACGUCUGUCCAGCAAGAGAAAAUAAAUUCAUGUGCAAAGCUCCCAGGGGAACAGGCGGCAGCUACCGGGCAGUUUCCAGGUCCUCCUCCCCGGGGCCCGGGUGAUUGCGGUUAGGCUGGGGACGUGGCCUCACAGCCGUGUGCACUGAUGUCCACCCUCCUGCUUCUUCUGCCUCUGUAGAUCGUCAUCCUUUGCGUGGGAGGAGCGGGUUGGCCAUGUCCCAGGAAACGUCAGCCUUCAGGGACAUGUUUGUGGACUUCACCUUGGAGGAGUGGCAGCAGCUGGACGCCGCUCAGAAGACCCUCUACAGGGAUGUCACGCUGGAGAACUACAGCCACCUGCUCUCCGUGGGAUACCUCGUGGCCCAGCCAGAGGGGAUCUUCAGCUUGGGACAAGCAGAGGGGGCCGGGAAGGCAGAUGGAGAAGCCCCAACGCGGAGCGGACCAGGUGAGCGGGCGCCGGGCCAGUCAGGCCGGGGCAAGGGGACCUGGUGGGCCAGCCAGAGCUUGGCCUCGGGGGCGUGCCCGGGAGCUCUUCUCAGAAAGCCCAGACGGGGACAAGACCCGGGUCGGAUGGAACGAGCCCUGUAA